AUGAAGAAUCCAGAUAGAAUUUUACCAAGAUAUUAUAGGUCAAAUGUGUAAGCUGAAAUAUUAUUAAAUCCAAUAACAAAUAUCUCUUUAGUGAUUUAUGAAGUCAAGAAAAAGCUUGUAUAAAAAUUUCCUAGAUUAACUAAUUAGUAUUCAAGUGUUCUCUUGCUUAUUGAAAAUGGUUAAAAUGAAAAAUCAAUUGUCUGUAAAUAAAUAAGAUCUCCAUCAAAAAUUACAGGCAGUCUUUUAUCUUUGUCAAUAAGCAUAAAAUCUGCAAAAUGUUAAGAAGGAGAAAAACUAAAAAUCUAAUUUAAAUUAGCUGAAACUAAAUCUAAUUAAUAAAGUGACUAAUCCUGA